AUGUCCAGCGACCCCCUCGAGGCGCUCAACUCCGUCAUCGGUAAUGCGCUUGUUCUUGUCGGCCAACUCGACGCCGUAGUGUCGAGCAUUGCGGCGCAAAAGCGAGUCAACCACGAAAACAAAACUCAGCCCAUAGACGAGCAGCUCGCUGCGGCAACUGGCCCUCUUGAUGCAUUAUCUCUCGCCCACGAUUCCACCGCGUUGAUCAAGGCCCAUGCUACCAAGAUCUCCCUCCUCAUCAUCAACGAGCCGUUCACUCCAACAGCGAUUGCGAAGGUCCUUCGAGAGCUCGUCGAAGGCCCCGUGCCCAGCUUGGCCGCUGCAGUUGAAGUGUGCACACCGGAGCGGUACACGCGCACCAUACAGCAAGAUCUAGCUUGGCGAGCCGGCCGGGUCUUCAAGGAGUUGAAGCAGCUCUUGUCACGGAUCCCCAAGGAUGGCAAGGUUCUUUCCGACGCCAAGAAGAAUGCCUCGGUAGGGGCAGCAGGGGGGAGAGGCAGCAUUGCCACCACGGGCGUGUUGUGGGCUGCUUGUGAUGAGGUUAUGGCCUUCGCCAAGCGCGGAUUUGCUGGUGCCCUAGCAUAUAAGGUCGAGCAGCUCCGGGACACUCUCAAAGAUGUGAUGGAGGAGCUAAAAGAGUGGGGAGAAGAGACGGAUGGUGAUGAGGACGACGAAGACGAGAACAGCGAAGAUGAGGGCAGUGAUUCUUUUGUCCAGGCUACUCCGCAUCAUGAGUCCACGUCGGUGUCUAGGACGCGAGAUGCUCAAACUAUUCUCGACGACCUGAUGAACUCGCAGCGGCACAUCCCACGCGAUGAUCCGGAUAAAAUACGGGAGCGUCUGGAGUCGUGUGUCAAGAGGCUGCGCCUAACUACCCUGCUUUACCAGGCCACAGUGAAGCGCAGACUCAAGCCAUUGCCACACCUGCCCCCGGCUUCGGAUUCGGAUACGCAAGGUCGACUAGACGAGAUUAUGUUUGUUCUCAAAAGGAUCCCGGAGAGGUUCGGCAGCUUAGCCCUGGCAUUUUACGAACUAGACCGUUCUGAAAUUGACCGGUUGAUGGAUGACUGUUUCUUCGACGCAUUCGCCGCCUCGGAGCUACUGGUCAAGCCGUGGGAGGGCGAGAAGGACGAGUUCACUGACUGGGCGUUGCGGUUUCAGGUGCAAGCCAGAUCUGAACCAGAUGCCAGGUCAUAUCUCAAGAUUUGA